CAAUCCGUCCUAUUAUUUUCAUGACAGUACUCUGAUGGUGGACAAUAUUGAAGUAUUUAAGGAGGCAAACGACUUUGUUGGACCAUCCCCCAAUGUGCACGGGUGCUUUGCAGCUCCCCCUUGCUGCGUGCAUCGUGAUCUCGCAGAUGCAGAGCCUCUUGCAAAAGGAGGGUCGCCUUCUGUCAUUGCAAAAAGAGAACUGAUAAAAAUUCGGAAAUACUUGGAUAACACGCGAACACCCUGGUGACCUCCUGUAGAGGACAGCAGCUCUCCAGGGUUUAUGGAAACCUGAUUUCCCAUCCAGUGGAGAAGUGUGUGAGGGACCCAGCUCUGCUGCUGACACAUUUAGAGUUUAGCCUGCUUUGCCACAACCAGGAAAAUGUCGGGGUCCUACGAUGAAUCUGCUGCUACUGCUGACGACGCUAUGGACAGCUUUUGGGAGGUGGGGAACUACAAGCGCGCCGUAAAGCGGAUUGACGACGGCCACCGGCUCUGCAAUGACCUCAUGGGCUGCCUUCAGGAACGUGCCAAGAUUGAGAAGGCCUAUGGUGACCAGCUGACCGCCUGGUCCAAGAGAUGGAGACAGCUGAUCGAGAAAGGACCCCAGUAUGGCACCGUGGAGAGGGCGUGGUUGGGUGUGAUGACCGAGGCUGAAAAGGUGAGUGAGCUGCACCAGGAGGUGAAGAACGGCCUGCUCAACGAAGACCUGGAGAAGGUCAAGAACUGGCAGAAGGAGGCCUACCACAAGCAGAUGAUCGGAGGCUUCAAGGAGGCCAAAGAGGCCGACGAGGGCUUCAAAAAGGCCCAGAAACCAUGGGCCAAGAAGCUCAAAGAGAUGGAGACUGCUAAGAAAACGUACCACAUGGCGUGUAAGGAGGAGAAACUGGCCGCCACCCGAGAGGCAGAUGGGAAGACACAGGCCUCCGUCACAACUGAUCAACAGAAGAAACUCCACGAGAAAACCGACAAGUGCAAACAUGACAUGCAGAAGGCUAAGGAGAAGUUUGAGAAGUCUCUGUCGGAGUUGAGUGCGGUCACUCCCCCAUACCAGGAGAGCAUGGAGCAAGUGUUUGACCAGUGCCAGCAGCAUGAGGUCAAGAGACUCACCUUCCUUAAAGAGAUCCUGCUGGACAUUAAACGCCACCUCAAUCUCACUGAGAACCAAAGCUAUGGCACAGUAUACAGAGAACUGGAGCGCACCAUCCUGGCUGCCAACACACAGGAGGACCUGCAGUGGUUCAGCAACCACCAUGGCCCUGGCAUGCAUAUGAACUGGCCCAUGUUUGAGGACUAUAACCCAGAUGCCGCUGCUGUUGUUAAGAGGGAGAAGGUGCAGAAGCCGGCUGGGGCCCCACCGACCCCCAGCACUGACCAUGUCGCACCGCCUGGAGACCGCGGCAGCAUCAGCGCUGAUCAUGUGGCACUGCCUGGUGACCGUGGCAGUGUGAGCAGCUAUGAAAAGAACCAGGCCUACUCCACUGAUUGGUCGGAUGAUGAGGCGCCUGCAGCUCAUUCAGGCGGUGAGAUUAAUGGGGGUGGGAAUGAAAACUCCUUUGAGGAAGACUCUAGCAGCGCCGGAAAAGGGGGUGCUGGGACCGGGACUGCGUCUGGCGUCCGGGUGCGUGCUCUGUAUGAUUAUGACGGACAGGAACAAGAUGAGCUCACCUUCAAAGCUGGUGAUGAACUGACCAAGACUGAGGAUGAAGAUGACCAAGGCUGGUGUCGAGGUCGCCUGGAUACAGGCCGAGAGGGACUGUACCCGGCCAAUUACGUCGAGGAGAUUUAAUGACCCCAGAGAAGGAGGAUAUGCCAUUGGAGGCAGCUCGAACUGUCCCAUCCAAUGGCACUGCACAGAGCCAGAGACUUACGAACAACACAUCCCUUGCCCAACAGAUGCGCCAAGCAGUCUUGACUAAAUAUAAUCUUAGUAACGUAAGAAAAGACAAUAUAUAAAUAUUAUAUUUAUCCAGUAUCUGAGGUGGGGAGGACUUAAACACUAAAACAGGAGCAGCAUUUAUUCCAGUCUACACAAACUCAAACAUAACAUUGAGCCAAUGCAGGGACACAUUUUGCAUAUAUGUGCUGUGUUUGAUAUAAAGAUCAUGCAGCUGAUGUAAAAUAAAUUUGCACUACAUUCUCCUAUAACAGUGUAACAAUAAUGUAACCAAUUAUACCUACCUACCCGUUUAACCAGAACAAGCUACUCAGCCUGCAUUGUGUGUAUAUGGCGCCAUUAUGUGUCGCAUUUUCAAUGCUAUGUGUUCAGUCCUCAUGUUUACAUUGGAAUUGCUGUGUAUUGUUUAAAGUAUGACAAAAUGUAUCAUAGAUUUUAUUAUUUUAUUUUUUGUGAUUUGGUCUAAUCCCCUUUACCAGUGUGUGCAUUGCUACACUAUGUGUUUAUCUCUGUUUCUCUGUUGGUUUCCUAUAGCAGAAUGUGCUAUGCAACAGGCUUUCCCUAAACCUCCAAGCCAUAUUAAGGCUACAAGAUGCAACAAAUCCGCUGAUAUGAAAACCAAUGCAGAGGAUCAGAGUUCACCAUAAGACACAGAAACAGCAUUGGAAUAGCACCACAAACUUGUGUCUGACUUCAUAACUGGAAGUGGAGUUGGUGUAUACACCUUUUUCUCUCUUCCCAUCACCACCCUUGAAUCAUAACAUCUCAUUUCAAUUCAUUGCAGGGUAUUAUCUACAAUACCUGUUAAUUUCAAUUAAUUGCAGGGUAUAUCUACAAUACCUGUGAGGGGAAUUCCGUAUUUUUGGGGUCAGUGGGCAUGAUAUUAUCACCAGCUUGAUUUUAUUUUAUCUGUCAGUGUUAACUAGAAAGAUGUGAUUGUUCAGGUGACGUAAUCAGGCAUAUUAACGGUAAAUGUAGUUGUUUUCAGGAUAUAAAAUGAAAAAAUGGACAUGAACGUCGUUGUAGGGGCUUGGAAGGAGACAUGCUGUUUUUAACUAGACAUGUUGUAUUCCACUGUCAUAGAGAACCAUACAAGGCAAAAAGCACUUAUGAACCCAUUCUCCUAGGGGCCAAUUCUGACUUAAGAAGUGUACGCCCUUUCCUAGCACUUCUCAGUAGUUGGUUUUCAGACUUACCUUAUGAAGGUGCGUAACAUGCUUUGCAGGCGUGGUUCCCUUGUGCGGACUGAAUACAUGUAAUUAAACCGCUAAUAAACCCUCCCACUUGCUGGCCAACAUAUUUUCUCUGGGAUUUUUCAUUCAAUAGGGUUUUCAGUACAUUUAUCUUAAACCAUCCCUUUGAAUACGGUGUACCUAUAAUUAGAACUUUGACGACAGACUAGAAUGCAUCUAGAGAACGGGUUCCCGAAUAUAGGGAUCAAUGAAAGAAAGCCAUCUGCAUAUUAUGCAUAUUCAUCUCCGUUUCAGCACCAGCUGGUAGAUUUAAAAAUUCUCUGAUCUUGUAGAUUAUGUAGGCAAAUUUUAAGGGUUAGGAAAGUAUGUAUGAUUCAUAAGAAAACAGGUUUGGAAAGCCUUUACGCAUGAAAUAUAUUGAUGAAUAAAAAAUACAGUGGUUUGAAUUAUCCUGAAAGUUAUCAUAUUCAAAUUCAAUCCAGGAAUUAGUGGAAGGUGUAUGAUGGUUGAACAACAAUCUAGUCUAAUUCUCACUAGUCAUGGAACUGUUGGGCAAUGGUCCAGUCUUUGUGAACCGUGUGCCAGGCUCCAGGUUAAACCUGCUACGUGUGGUCUGAGUUCCAGAAUGAUUCAAAUAGGCUACAUGUCCCAAAUUAUUGCACAACGUUAGCCUAAUAUGAUCCCUAAUGCUAGCGACCCUCAGGAAGAACUACACAGAGGUGACAGAGGAAAGAAAGGUCAACAGAAUGGAAUGGAAGGAUGCUAAAUGUAAGCUACAAUUAAUUUACUGACACUAAAGUGACUGUUUUAUAAAUGUGUGUGGGUAUUAUUGACGGUUGCACCCGAUAUUGGCUAAUAUUUAACAUGAUUCAAAUUGUUGUUGUUUUUUAAAAGGAGAAAAGCCUUUUUAAUAAUUAAAACAUUGAAAUGCACAAACGUCAUCAACUAGCCAGGUUCAGCCCUACAGAAGCCAAUAUCUUGGGUCUCCAAAUUUCAUCCACGCAAAUUAUGAGGGCACACAAUUAGAAUUCUAAAUAAUGGCAAAGUUAUUUAUGGCCUAUUUCACUGUGGAAAAGAGGCCGCAAUACAUGUCAUGUUGAUAUGAUUUUCAGUUUGCUUCCAUAUGACUGGUUUCACAUUUGUCUCCUGGGAUCUUAAGGAAAAAUCAUCUAAAACAAUUGCUAUGUGUAUUUAUAAUCCCCUUCUCCAAACGGAUUACUCAUUUACCUAGCUCUUAUCAAUAGCUCUUAUCAAUUUAAACAUUGCAGUGCAUGGAUAAUGCUGUUAUUUCUAUCUAAGAAAAAAAAAUGGAUGCUUUUUCCAAUUGGAACUGGCAGAUUCGCUACAGUGUCAAGGUAGUGGAAUUAUUAGGGAAUUAGGUCACGGUCAGAAUACGGCGUAUCUGUAGUAGACACACCUCCGUCACGCCUUCGUUUCUUAGAUCUCUACACUGAACGAAUAGCAGGUGAAUAGCAUGCUAUUCUCAUGCUUAAAUUCAAGGUCAGUACAAGCAUAGAGAUAAAAGUUCAUAAAAGGGAACUAUGUUCCAUUUACGCGCACUUAACUAGGGUCGGAAUCGGCCCCCUACUGAGCCAAAGAAUGACCGAAAUCUGAAAUGCAUAAAACUCUUUCCUCAUGCAAUAACUCACAUAUCACAUAACCCUGUCAUGCAACUAACUGCUACCUGUUAUUUCAGUAUUUAUUUGAUAAUUCAAUAGUUGAUCCACAGGGGGGAAGACAAGAGCACACCACAGUGACUACAGUAUAUCAGAAAGAAUUUCUUUGACAGAAGUAAUUAACUUUACUUUAGAUUGCUCCUGGUAGUAUACUUCACAUGCUCACAUCUAACUCAGCCCCUGCUUUAAAUACACAUACUGUAUAUACAGUAAAUCCUACAGUACUUGCUGACAAACCUCAAGUUUUAUGUCAUAGAACAUUAUUAUAUUGGCAAGAUGUGUUUAGGUUAUCGCUUCAGAGGAGAUUUCACCAGGUCUUGGUAUCACUGUUGAGAGAACACAUCACCAGCUCACAAGUUAUGUAUCUUAGUGUAAACUGCUCAGCAAAAAUAACUAAUAUCAUCAAAUGAUCUUAUAGCCUUUACACACACACACACACACCUCGGGUAGAUAUUUUUUGGGAAACAAAAAUCUUUAUCGUCCAGCGUGUAUGAGUUGUGUAAUUGUAAAUAAUAAUAAAAAAGCAAGUGAUCAAAUACUAAGACAAAAUGUAGUGUCAUACAUGCAAAUGUGUUACAACAAAAUAACAGCAAUGGAAAGCAUAUAAAGUAAUAGGUACCAUAUCGUAUGAAUUGCAUCGCAAUGGAACUGUCCAUGUACCAUAUAAGAGCGUGAUGUUACCCCACGCUGUCAGAUUUGUAUAUGAUGAUGUAAUUUAAGGAUUAUAUUCUAUUGUAACUGUACAACUGUGUUGAGUUGGAAAUGAAACCUAACUACAUUGAGGCAGUAAAAACGGUGUAUAUGUAAAUGCUUUUUUAUGUUGAUUUUUCUCUUCCUUAUGCACAGAAGGGGGACACGGCUCAUGUCGUGAAACUCCUGUAUUAGUGUGUAUGUUUCUAGUUAGUGAUGUAAUUUGAUCUCCUAACUGGUGUAGUGCCUGUUCAUCUUAAUGUAACACAAGGUUCAUUUAAAUAUGCAUAAAGAUGAUUAUGAUAAUAAGGAUGAUAUUCUGAAUCAAAGUUGUUGUGAUGGUGUCAAUAUUACGAUAUUGGUUUGAAAGGGGAAAAUAAGUUUGUUGAGAAUACAAACAAAAUGUUUUGUG